GUCUGUACUUCCGGUCGUUGCAUUUGGGUUUUGGGUUUUUGGUCUGUAGAGCGGUCUUGUCGAGCAUGUACGGGUGGGCAGUAUGGUUUCUUGUCGUGCUCGUGCUCGUGCAACAUGUCGACGCGAGAAACGUCCUGUCAAUACCCCGCAAUCCAAAGAGUCGAAAGGUUGGCAUUGUCAGUCUGAACUUUCAGUUGAAGCAGAAAGCUCUGGACGCGAAUGUGACUGGACAAACGACUGUUAUUGCAGACAGCGUCUCCCACACGCUCAUUACCACCAUUGGUGUUGGGACGCCUGCUCAAGUCAUGGCAGUGCAAAUUGACACUGGAUCCAGCUUGUUUUGGCUGCGAAGCUCGAAAUGUAGAGGCACAAGUUGCUCUGGGCAACCUGUCUAUGAUAAUACAAAGAGCACGUCAUAUCUCCCUCCGGCACCGGCGACGGCAUUGACAGGGCCACAAAGAAGGUCGAUCGUAUAUGGGGAUAACACAAAAGUAGAAUGUCAACUGGGAGCGGAUACCGUUAUGCUGGGAACCCUGGUUAUACCCAAUCAGACUCUCUGCGAAGCUGAUGUGAUCCAGACAACAACUGGAUCCUCUGACGGAUUGAUCGGAUUAGGUCCCCCAGGAGCAGACACCGCUACGGACGUAUUCAGGAACAUGAUAGCAAGCAAAACAAUAUCCAAGCCGGUUGCCAGCUUCUGGUACAACCAGUCCCGGCAGUUUUCCGACACAAAUGCCGGGCAGAUUACCUUUGGCGGCAUGGAUUCGAGCAAAUUUACUGGAAGCUUUACUUGGUUUCCCAUUCCAAUCACGGGGCGCAAUCACUGGUCAACUACCUUUGAGGGCAUCACAUUAGAUUCUGCGCCAUUAACACAAAACCGAACAGGAAUGGCCAUCUUUGAUACUGGUACGACAUUGGCCAUAAUACCAUCGGACACACUAUCAGCUAUUGUACUAGCCGCGAACGCCAAGCAACUCCCGAACCAGAGCCUAUAUGAAAUCCCGUGUGACAAGGUCUCUCGUAUACCACCCGUCACAUUCCACAUUGGCCAGAGGCGCAUUACACUCUUUGCCGAACAACAAGUCUUUGUCGUCGAUGGAACAUGUUUCCUUAUUUACGCGGCAUCUACAUCAAACCUUAACGUGGAUGUGAUUCUCGGUGCCCUGUUUUUGAGACAUUUUUAUACCGUGUUUGAUUUCGGGGCCUCCCGGACGGGUUUGGCGAUUUCUGCAGGACAGGUUGCGAAUUCGUUACGUCUUACUGGGAAGAGUGCGGGGAGCCGGGUUAAUGUGGACGUCAGAUGGGCUGUUGUAUUGGGAUGGAUGGUGCUAUCAUCGUUGUUGAUGUGAGCUUGGUUGCGUACCUUGGGCGUAUAUUAGGACGUUUUGUAUACAAAGGAGGGUAUUAUCUUGUUGCUAAACUAGAUAUUUCGAUAGAUUUGUACAUUUAGAUGUUGUAUACUAGUAGAGGCUGUCGGUAUCGUUGUAUUGGAGAAUUGUGUUGUUAUGGAUGGGUUUAUGGAUAGGGUAUAUAGUACGGAUGGGAUCUGGAUGCCUUUUUUGUUUUUUUUUCAGAUGAGAUACAAAAUAGAAAAAACUCGUUAUCGGUCGUCCCAAGCAGGGAUAUGGAC